GGCGGGGCUUAAGCCGCGGGGCGGGCGCGUUUCUAGCUACGAGCAGCGACUGAGAUCAAGAUCCAGUUUUGGACAUGAGACUCGUUGGGUGAUCAUUUUAUUGGGAUUAACUUGAACCAUCUAUGUAAACUACAGAGGAAUCGCUAUGACUGAGGGAACUCAAGUAUUUUUAUUGCCGAUCUCUACUUCAGAUUCUACAAAAGAACCACUGUCCACAGUGACUUCUCAAGCCCAGGAUUCUAGCCUUUCAGCAAACAGACUUGUGACUGAAAAACAGCAGGAGGAAGCAGAAUGGGAAAGCAUCAGUAGGCUGUUGGUGACGCGUGGCUUUAAACCUUUGUGCCUAGUCAAAGGAGCCAAUCUCAGAGAUUUCAUCGUUUUUGACAAACAAUCAUCACAAAGAAUGAGGCAGGCUUUCAAAACACUGAUGGAAGAAACCACACGUCAGCAGAGCAUGAUACAGGAGCUCAUAGAGACAAACCAGCAGCUUAAAAGUGAACUUCAGCUAGAACAGAACCGAGCGGCACACCAGGAACAGCGAGCCAAUGACCUGCAGCAGAUCAUGGACAGUGUGAAAUGCAAAAUUGGUGAAUUAGAAGAUGAAUCGCUAAACAGGGUUUGCCAGGAACAAAAUAGAAUAAAAGACCUUCAAAAGGAAUAUAAAACGUUACAGAUGAAAUGCCAGCAUUAUAAGAAAAAACAAAUGGAGCAAGAAGAGACCAUUGCUUCUUUGCAAAAGGAGAUCCGCAGAUUUGCCAAAGAGGAAGAAGAGCGUGUUAUCACUCAAAAGAGACUGUUUACCCAUCUCUGCCGAAGAGUUCCUCAUUCAGUCUUGGAUAAACAAUUGCUUUGUCUAAUUGAUUACUAUGAAUGUAAACUUAGAAAACAUCAUAUACAAAGGCAGUGUGGGGAGGAUGACAACCAGUCAGAAGGAAAAGACUAUCUAAACCUGGGCGUCUCACCAACUUAUAAAGGCCUUCUGAUGUCAUUACAGAAGCAACUUGAGAAAUCCAAUUCCAAGAUCGACGUGCUGUUGGGUGAAAAGCUGAACCUACAAAAAGAUCUGGAAAACAGGCCCACAGAACAUGAAUUGAGACUUUAUAAACAACAAGUGAAGAAGCUGGAGAAAACCCUUAAGAAAAACAUAAAAUUACAAGAUCUUAUUGGUCAAAAAAAAUCUGAUGACAUGGAGAAAAAGGAUGAGCCCAGCAAAGACAUCCACCAGCAGGCUCUGGUUGACCAGAGAUACUUCCAGGUGCUGUGCAGCAUCGAUUCAAUCGUUCAUAGCCCACGAGCCCCAGGAGUCAUUUACAAACAGAGCAAAGAAAGAGCCCAAAACCGCAGUAAAGAUGCUGUUCAAGAGUGUGGAUUCGAAUAUCUUGUUCCUGUAAUAGAAAUGUGGGCAGAUGAACUGACAUCCUUAAAGGAUUUGUAUAAGUCCCUAAAAAUACUGUCUGCAGAACUGAUACCUUGGCAUAAUUUAAAGAAACCGAAUGAAAAUGAAGGUGUCAAAGUAGGAGAUCUGUUGUUAAUGGUAGAUACCAUGUUGGAAGAAGUUGAAAACCAGAAAGAGAUGAACAGCAUGCCAAACUCUCAAACUUUGCAAGCUAUUGUUUCUCACUUCCAAAAGCUGUUUGAUGUGCAGUCUUUAAAUGGAGUCUAUCCCCGAAUGAAUGAAGUGUACGCCAGGCUUGGGGAAAUGAACAACGCUGUAAGAAACCUUCAGGAGCUCCUGGAAUUAGACAGUUCAUCGUCAUUGUGUAUGGUGGUCAGCACAGUUGGGAAGCUGUGUAAGAUGAUUAAUGAAGAUGUCAGUGAGCAGGUUAAACGAGUGUUAGGACCUGAAGACCUACAAAGGUAUCUGUGA